AUGUUGUCAUCAACUACGGCCCCUCUUUUGCCAACUCUAGAGGCACAGAAGAUCAACCAUUUUCAUUGCGGGCGAGAGACCUUUAUCAUCGUCGUGGUCGUCGAGAAUUCACGAAAUUCCGAGGAAUACGAAUUUGCGCUCGGUUCGAUCAGUUGCUAUGCAAAUUUGCAAGGCUACGCGAUGCAAGUGCUCAACUUGGCCGAGGAACCGAGCCUGGCUCAGAAAUGUCCGCAAAAAGACUUCAUGUUCCGGCGUCACUGCGCGCUGGCCGAGUUUUUGGCGGCCAGCCAAUACGGAUGGGCCCUGUUUCUCGAUGCGGAUAUUGGCGUCGUCAACCCACUGCAUCGACUCGAAAACUAUACGUUAACCGAGGACCUCCAUCUCGUCUUCUACAAUCGUUUCUACAACGACGAGGUGGCCAGCGGCAGUUAUAUCGUACGGAAUACACAACGCGGCCUCGGUUUCCUCCAUUUUUGGGCCAACUACUACCAAGAGCACCCGUAUUUUGGGACCGAUAACGGGGCCAUAAACAACGUUAUCGUCGACUACUUCCACCCGGAGUUAUACGAAAGUCGGCAAGUCUGCGAGGCGAUCUGGGCUGCAUCAAAGAAUUACGAGGGCCUUUUCAACUAUCAGGCCUGCGUUCAGGAAUAUAUUCUGUCGGUCGCCACCUCGACAGAAUACCACAUCUACGAAAAGCGGCCAGAAGAUGAAUUCUCGGUAAAUGCGGUCGGCGUAGCGGACCAAGAGGAAGAGGAUGCGCUAAACGAGACUCAAGAUUCGCCUAUGGACAAUGAACGAGCGAAUCACCAUCGUGAACAUUUGACCACUCGAGAAGCUACAAUCCCUGAAGUCGCCACACCAUCCCCAUCCCCAUCCGAUCUCCCUCAAAAUGAUACCCUGACCGCGUCGUCGCCGGCUCUGGGCCAUUUCAUUUGUGCCUGUAUUGCGUGUGCUUUCAACCUCUUCCGCCUC